AAUAGCGGAGAGAGACCAUUGUGUUAGCUGGCAUCUUCUCUGCUUUGCUCUGCUCGUGUUGCUGCUGCACCUUUUCUUCCCUCUCCUCUUUAUACCCAACGCCUUCUUUUUUUUUUCGCGGAUCUUAGAGAGAUAUAUUUCAGUUGAAGAAGAAAGAAGUGGAAAGAUGCAUGCAACGCACCUCCUCCUCGAAGAGCCGAUUCGGAUGGCUUCCAUCCUCGAGCCAUCCAAACCUAGUUUCUUUCCUGCAAUGACAAAGAUUGUUGGGACCCUUGGUCCGAAGUCGCGAUCUGUCGAGGUUAUUUCUGGCUGCCUUAAGGCUGGGAUGUCUGUGGCACGGUUUGAUUUUUCAUGGGGAGAUAUUGAAUACCACCAAGAAACACUGGAAAACCUGAAGCUAGCUGUCAAGAGCACUAAGAAGCUGUGUGCUGUUAUGCUAGACACAGUGGGCCCUGAGUUGCAGGUUGUCAAUAAAAGCGAGCAUGCCAUUUCACUUGAGGCAGAUGACUUUGUUGUUCUGACGCCGGAUCAAACUCAAGAAGCAACCUCAAAGCUGCUGCCAAUAAAUUUUGGUGGAUUGGCUAAGUCAGUAAAGCCAGGAGACACCAUUUUUAUUGGUCAAUACCUGUUCACAGGAAGUGAAACUACUUCUGUUUGGCUGGAGGUCACUGAGCUGAAAGGGGAGGAUGUGGUUUGUGCGAUAAAGAAUACUGCAACUCUAGCAGGAUCUUUAUUCACUUUGCAUAUCUCUCAGAUUCGUAUUGAUUUACCUACCCUGACUGAUGCAGACAAAAAUGUUAUAAGUACAUGGGGUGUUCGGAACAAUAUCGACUUCCUCUCUCUAUCUUUCACGCGACAUGCAGAAGAUGUUCGCCAUGCUCGAGAGUUUCUUUCCAAGUUGGGUGACCUUAGUCAAACUCAGAUUUUUGCAAAGAUUGAAAACAUUGAGGGAUUAACUCAUUUUGAUGAGAUUCUACAAGAAGCUGAUGGCAUAAUCCUUUCUCGCGGAAAUCUGGGGAUAGAUCUCCCACCAGAGAAGGUGUUUUUGUUUCAGAAGGCUGCUGUUUACAAGUGUAACAUGGCCGGAAAGCCUGCAGUGGUUACUCGCGUUGUGGAUAGCAUGACUGAUAACCUGAGACCAACUCGUGCAGAGGCAACUGAUGUAGCCAAUGCUGUUUUAGAUGGAUCUGAUGCAAUUCUUUUAGGCGCAGAGACUCUUCGGGGAUUGUACCCUGUUGAGACUAUCUCAAUUGUUGGUAAAAUUUGUUCAGAGGCAGAAAAGGUUUUCAACCAGGACUUGUACUUCAAGAAGACGGUGAAAUAUGUUGGAGAGCCGAUGACUCACUUGGAGUCUAUUGCUUCUUCUGCGGUACGUGCAGCAAUCAAGGUGAAGGCUUCUGUUAUCAUUGUCUUCACUUCGUCUGGAAGGGCUGCAAGAUUGAUUGCAAAGUAUAGGCCAACAAUGCCUGUUCUCUCAGUUGUCAUCCCUCGGCUCAAGACAAAUCAACUCCGGUGGAGUUUCACUGGUGCAUUUGAGGCAAGGCAGUCACUUAUAGUCAGAGGUCUCUUUCCUAUGCUUGCAGAUCCUCGGCAUCCAGCUGAGUCUACAAGUGCCACAAAUGAGUCAGUUCUGAAGGUUGCUCUUGAUCAUGGCAAGACAUCGGGUGUGAUCAAAUCGCAUGAUCGUGUCGUAGUUUGCCAGAAGGUGGGGGAUGCAUCCGUGGUGAAGAUCAUUGAGCUGGAAGAUUGAAUCAUUUUCCUGAAGUUCUUCGUGAUGGUGGACCGGGUCUGGUUUCCACCAGCAAGCUUGUCUUUUCAUAUAUAUUUUUGAGUGUACACUGAGGUACUGAGGCACCUGAUCUCUGUUAAAAGCACUUAUCUACUCAAGUAAAACAAACUCGUGGUAGUUUUACUAUAAUGAUGUCAUGCUGAACGCUGAUUGGUGCCCCUAUAAUGGCUCUAGUGAAUCUGUGCUUUUUAUAUAAUGGGGCCUUAGCUAAGAUCCAUAGCUUGUUGUUUAGAGAAAUAUGGCUUGUUUUGCUAGUUGUACUGCUGUCUGUUCCUCGUGAAGCAUUACAGAGACUGCAAUUUUAGUAUGGCUACUACCCCUUUUGUAAAACUGAAUAACAUACCCAGUUUUAGUA